UUGAGUCGUCGUACACGCCGUGCAAUUCUUAAUCAGGAGAAGAAAAGGAGAGCAUCCAGCCAUGGCAGAGGAGAGGAGCCCCCUGCACCUGCCUCGCCACAAGGAGGAGGACAAGGAGGGGGAGGAGAAGCAGCAUGGCCACGACCACGGUCACAACCACAGCCACGGCCACGGCCACGACCAGCGGGAGCACGCCGGCGGGAGGGGGGUGGACAUGGACCUGCCGGCGACGUACGUCAACAUGGGCUCCAUCGCCACCGCGGGCGUUCUCGACUGGAGGUACCAGAAGGCGACAGGGGAGAAGAGGCCGGACAAGGUGAUCGGAUUGAUCAGCGCGGAGCAGGCCAAGGAGGCCGAGCGCAGGGAGGCGGAGGAGCGCAAGGCGGAGGAGGAGGGCGGGGCCGCCUGGGCCAAGAACAAGCACGUCUACCAGUUCUGAUCGAUCGCCGCCGGGCGCCGCGCCCGGCCGUGCAUCUCGCGGCAGAUGGUGUUCUGGAUGACAAAAGUUCGCGAGAUGAUGGUUUCUUCUACCGUGCAGACUAUAUAGCGUGCAUGUAUCCACCGCUCAUCGUUACUUGGAGAUUGGUGCUACGUUUUCUGGUUUUGUCAAAAGCUUGUCUUGUUUCAGAGUGCUGCAUGUUGUUUCGUCGAUGUCUUUUUUUCCUAAAAUGUAUCGUAAUGUGUUGUUGUGUGCCAGUAAAAUAAGAGGGUAUACUUGUCAGAUUUGUAUGUAAUUUUUCAGACGGUAUGUGCUCUUGGAAGGUGAAAAUAAGAUGCCAUCUCGCAAAUUUCUAUA